AAAAGGCGGCGGGCCGGCCCCGCGGGGUGACAGCCGCACUUGGACUCCGAGCCCGGUCCGACGCCGCCAUGAGCGCCGCGCUCUUCAGCCUGGACGGCCCGGCGCGCGGCGCGCCCUGGCCCGCGGAGCCCGCACCCUUCUACGAACCGGGCCGGGCGGGAAAGCCAGGCCGCGGAGCAGAACCGGGGUCCCUCGGGGAGCCGGGUGCCGCCGCUGCCGCCCCCGCCAUGUACGACGACGAGAGCGCCAUCGACUUCAGCGCCUACAUCGACUCCAUGGCCGCCGUGCCCACCCUGGAGCUGUGCCACGAUGAGCUCUUCGCCGACCUCUUCAACAGCAACCACAAGGCGGGCGGUGCGACCGUUGCGGGCGCCCUGGAGCUCUUGCCGGGCGGCCCCGCACGACCCCCGGGCCCAGGCCCUGCCGUCCCGCGCCCGCUCAAGCGCGAACCCGACUGGGGUGACGGCGACGCGCCGGGCUCGCUUCUGCCCGCGCAGGUGGCCGCGUGCGCGCAGACGGUGGUGAGCCUCGCGGCCGCCGCACAACCCACGCCGCCCACGUCGCCGGAGCCGCCGAGAGGCAGCCCUGGACCGAGCCCCGCGCCCGGCCCCGCCCGGGAGAAGGGCACGGGCAAGAGGGGUCCCGACCGCGGUAGCCCCGAGUAUCGGCAGCGGCGCGAGCGCAACAACAUCGCCGUGCGCAAGAGCCGCGACAAGGCCAAGCGGCGCAACCAGGAGAUGCAGCAGAAGUUGGUGGAGCUGUCGGCCGAGAACGAGAAGCUGCACCAGCGCGUGGAGCAGCUCACGCGGGACCUGGCCGGCCUCCGGCAGUUCUUCAAGCAACUGCCCAGCCCGCCCUUCCUGCCGGCCACCGGGGCCGCUGAUUGCCGGUAACGAGCGGCCGGAGUGGCACAGACUCACCAACCGAUACCUCAGACCGAUGGCCCGCGAGCCAAGCGCGCCCAGCCCGGCCCCUGCGCUGCUCGGGCACCCAGACUGCUGCCCCGCGCUGCGCAGUUUCUUUGGGACAUGUGAGUGAAGGGAAGCUACAGCCAGGACUUAACCACCACUGAACUGCAAAAAGAAGCUAUACGUGUUUAUUUUCCCCUAAAUUAUUUUUAUAAUGGUAGCUUUUUCUACACCAUACCCUCUGUUGAUGCAGCUAAGGUACAUUUGUAUGGAAACAAAACAAACAAAAAGGACUUUUCAGACAAAUCCUUUGUAUUGUAGAUAAGAGAAGACUGAGCAUGCUCACUUUUUUAUAUUAAUUUUUACAGUAUUUGUAAGAAUAAAGCAGCAUUUAAAAUCGC